AUGGAUGGAACAUUACGGAAUCAAUCUUCUAUUGCUAAUGAAAUUAUUUCCUUCGGUUUCAAUAUUUUUCCACCGGAAGAAAUAGAAGAUAUACAAAAAGCGGGCAUUGAAGAUCUUCGUUUUUGCAAGUUAAUCGAAUGGAUGUGCAAUGAGAUAUCGGCACUGUAUGGUUUGAAUGAAACAGUGCAUGCACUUACUGGACCCGAUAAUAUGGAAUUUUUUUUCCUGGAACUUAGUUCAAUGUUAUCUGAAUUAGAAUGUCCAAUAGAAGCACUAACACAUGGACCAAUUGUAGAGCGAUUUCGAUCGAUCGAAAAUCAAACUAAAUUGCUUAAUUUCCUUAUUAGUCACAUGAAAUGCGCUCGGCUGACUGCACUGAAUGAGCUGCAUGAAAAAACACCGGAGUACAAGAGUGAUGAAGCGCUUCACUUGGAAAGUGCAUUCAUGGCAGUCGGUGUGGAUCAAUUACCUGCUGGUACUGCUGAGAAAGUUCUUUUAACAUUAAAGGAUUUGGUUGAGAAAAAGAUGGAUAAAUGCAAAGAAAAACCACGUCCAUUGUUGACCGCAUCGUUAAGUGAUACGCAAUGGGAGAAAAUUGAAGCUCUAAAUGAAAAAUUGGUGCAGGAAUAUCGAACUCGGAUUAUGUUAUUGAUUAAACGUCUUGAUGUUACAAUUCAAUCGUUCGCUUGGUCUGAUCGUAUAAAGAAAAUGCAGGAUAAAUUGCACGAAAUUUAUCGUCCUCGACGAGAACAAAUUGCGGUAACAUCAAAUGUUGGCAUGGAUGAUUUGCUUGCAGCGACUAGCUCCCUUUUAACAGUUGAUAGAAUAAAUAGUGAAAAAGAAAGAAGACGUACCGCAUCACGUUUAAAUAAGGUACUGAUGACUGAUCGUCCGGGCGAUCGUGGUGGUAGGCCUUCUGAACUGCGAGCUCCUCCACCAGAAAUGCCUCCCUGGAUAAAGGAUCGCGUUUCGGAUCGAGGUGGUAGGCAGCUAGGUGAUCAUAAAAGAGGCAGAGGGCGCGGUUAUCAGGGGAGUAGCGAUGGAUAUCAAGGGGGCGGAAGUUUUCAGGACGUUUAUAGUGGCGGGAGUUAUCAAAGUGGUGGCGGAUAUGGAGGUUAUGAAAGGGGAGGAUUCAAAAGUGGUAAUCGUGGUGCAGGUUUCGAAAGUCAGGUAAUGAGAGAAUACGAAGGAUAUCAUAACCAAAGCCAUGGUGGUGGGCGACGUGGUAGUGGUAGAAGAGGACGUGACAGAUAUGGUGGACAAGGUGGUUAUAGAUGA